AUGAAUGGAGAAGCAAUAAGAGUGGGAAUAGUACAGAAUGCAAUGCCCAGAGAGUGGGACAAUGCCCAGUCUUUUGGAAAAGAAAUUGGUACAAUAAACUUUCACACCCAGCCAGAUAAAUGUGAAGACAAUAAACAGAAAUAUAAAUGCAAGAAUUUAGAGAACAAGCACUACCUCGCCGCCAAGCUGGGAACCGGAGAGACGGCAAAGACUGACCCCAAGACCGUGCAGGACCUCACCUCGGUGGUGCAGACACUCCUGCAGCAGAUGCAAGAUAAAUUUCAGACCAUGUCCGACCAGAUCAUUGGAAGAAUUGAUGAUAUGAGUAGUCGCAUUGAUGAUCUGGAGAAAAACAUCGCAGACCUCAUGACACAGGCUGAGGUGGAAGAACUGGAAGGAGAAAACAAGAUACCUGCCACACAAAAGAGUUGAAGGUUGCUAAUUACCCUGAAAUCUGGAACACCAUUUUUCCAAGCCAAGAGAAGACUGAAUGGCUUUUUGCAACUAACUACUACUAAGUGUAGACAGGUUUUAUAUUAUAGUGCAUUCUUAUCACAUAUAAUAA